AUGUCCUUUGCCAGUUGCUACGACAUCAUUAUCGUUGGUGCAGGUAUAGCCGGUGUUAAUUGUGGGUAUCGAGUACAGACACUUUUGCCAGAUUAUACGUAUGCCAUCCUCGAAGCACGAAAUUCUGCUGGUGGAACCUGGGACUUGAUGCGGUACCCUGGGGUACGACUGGACUCUGACAUCUACACAUUUGGAUUUUCUUGGUAUCCUUUUCCCCAUAGUCAGACUGUGUUGGAUGGCAACACUGUUCUGAAUUACAUCAAUGAUGCCGCCAAGAAACAUUGCAUCUAUGAUCACAUCCUCCUUAAUCAUCGAGUCACGAAGGCGACCUGGUCCUCUGAUACCCAUAACUGGAAUUUGAUAGCAGAGGCUGACGACAGGAAGCUCUGUUUCUGUGCAAGAUAUGUGAUCUUUGCGACGGGGUAUUUCGACUACCAUGAGCCACUUCCCGUACAAAUACGUGGCCUUCAUAACUUCAAAGGAAGAGUUAUUCAUCCACAGUUUUGGCCUGAAAGCCUGGACUACUCGGAGAAGAAGGUCGUUGUCGUUGGCAACGGAGCGACUGCUAUAUCGCUUGUCCCAAAGCUCGCAGAGACCGCCCUGGGCAUCACCAUUAUUCAACGGAGCCCGCAUUACGUUUUACCUACAUCAUCAGGUGGGGAUGACUCUCCAAUUAUGCGACUAUUACCUACGGCUCUAUCAUACUGGCUCAAGCGCUUGGGAUGGCUCUCCCUAACGUUACUUAGUUACUAUGCGUGCCGUAGGUUUCCUCGAGCUGCGAGAGACUACAUGCUGAGAAUGGUACGGGAUGAGCUCCCUGAGCAUGUUCCUCACGACCUGCAUUUCCGACCUAAGUACAAUGUAUGGGAUCAACGGCUAUUGACAUGUCUCGAUGGGGACCUCUUCAAAAGUAUACGUGACGGGAAGGUCAACAUAGAAACAGCCAGCAUCCAGAACUGUACGGCAAACGGCCUCCUUUUGGAAGAUGGGAAGACCAUAAAUGCAGAUCUUAUUGUCACGGCCACAGGGAUCAAACUUCAGAUUGCAGGAUCGAUCCAAGUGGGAAUUGAUGGGAGUCGUUGCGACGUAUCCGAGAGGUUCAUGUGGAAGGGCAUGAUGCUGCAGGGAUUCCCGAACGCAUUCUUUGCUCUCGGAUACCUCACGAGCGCUUCUUGGACAAUGGGAACUGAUCUAACUGCUCUUUUUGCCUGCCGUUUAAUCAGACAUAUGAAGGAAAAAAAUCGCCUAGCAGCUACCCCUCACAUGCGCGAACUGUCGGACCUCACUGAGCGCCCGCUUUGGACUCUGAGGUCUACGUACAUGACUACUGCGAGAAGCAAUCUUCCUAAAGCGGGGAAUUUCGGGCCAUGGAAGCCUCGCUCUAAUUAUUUAUGGGACUAUAUUCAAGCGUGCUACGGCUCUUUUGAAGGUCUGGAAUUCUUUGAGGGUUUUUGA